GCUGCUGCUGCUGCUGCAGGAUGUGAGAGAACCACAACAAAAAAACCACCAGACCAGAUCUGAGCCGGAGUCUGAAGAUUGACGGAGGACGCUCGGCUGCAGACCAACAUGGCUCUGUUCUUCUCCGGAGCCGUUACAAGUUCACCGAUCAAAAGGAGGCUGCGGGCCAAUCACGCCUGUCAGAGCCUCGACGUCUCUCUCCUCUCUCCUGACUCCUCCUACGUCUGUUACUCGUCGGCGGACGGCGGCGAUCCGUGCUCCUACCGCCGCUCGCCACGCCUCCUCACCAACGGAUACUACAGCGUCACGGAGGACAGCUUCACCUGGGACGACGACGGCAACGUGUCGCUGAGUCCCUGCAAGACCAACGUGUCCUACAAGGAGAACCUCGUCAGAGUUUUCCGGCGCAGGCGGCGCCCUCGCAGCUCGCUGGCUCGCCUGCUGAGCGACGUGACGGAGAGCUGCCAGUCGUGGCUGGACGAGAAAGUCUUCAGGGGCGUCUUCAGGACGGGACAGAACCAAAACCAGACCCGGGACCGGGACCAAGACCUGGACCUGGACCGGGAUCAGCACUGGACCAGGAACUGUCAUGAAGGCCCGGCAGUGUUGGAGGAGUCGACCUGGUCUGGAUUUAACAGCACGGACCUCGAUGACGGCCGCAGCUUCACUUACGACCACACGGAGAUCCCACCCCCUCCUGACAAAGUGGCCCCGCCCCCGAAGCUGCUCAUCCAGGAGGAGAUUUGCUCUGAGAUCUGUCAAUCAAAGGAGCGCUUCACACAGUCGCUGGGCGGCCUCUCUGAAGUCCCGCCUCCCUCGCCUUUCUAUGCCAGCAGCUGCCGUCAGGCCUCACCUGAGCCCGCAGGGUUAACGAUGAAGGCUCUUCUCCUCUUCAUCUUCACCGUCUUCAUCCUCGCCGCUCUAUACUCAGGGUGUCUCAUGUGGAGCGCGACCGUCACAUCGACCGUCUUCAUAAUGAUUACGACAUUUAUGUUUGCGACAAAGUCGGGGCCGAUGGGCGAGUGGAGGAGGGCGAAGACGGAGGAUAUCACAUCAAGAAACGAGUAAAAGAAACGUCAGGAGAGUUUCCCAAAGUCCGCGAUGUGGAACUGGACGAGUGACAGAAAAAGUAGAAAUAUUUCAUUUUUCCUCCGUCUGCAUGUAAGUUGCACUUCACGUUAUUCUGAGCUCCGGAAAACAUUUUACAGCGGCACCUGCUGGAGGCUGAGACUGAAAACGGAAACUUUCUGAAUGUAAAUUUAUAUCAAAAUAAGGUUUCUGCGCCGCGACGCGUCGACCAGAAGGGCUGAACUUUUUCACUGGUUUGAAAUUAAAUUAAAGCCGAAACGUUUUCAGUAUUUAAUGUUUGAAUCCAAAGCAAAACGGCGGGAAAAUCCACAUCGUGAUGCAUUCAAGUUGUUAAAUUUUCAGCUUUGACGUCGGUUCUGUGUUAAAUGUUGAAACUUUCACGUUUGGAUUUUCGCGGCGUGUAAAAGCUGAAUCAGAAUGUUUGUUGUUAAAAAGCUGAAGGAGCUCAUUAACGUGGCGACACACGUUACUGUAGUUUAGAUAAAAAACAUAAAAAAAGUAUCCUUACGAAAUAUAAAACAUUCAAAUGUAUUUUUUGAAACACCGUCAGUGUUUAUUGUAGCGUUAGUAGUUGAACUUGGCUUAUUUGAGCUGUCCAAAGUGACCGAACGUCAGACUGAAGUCUGCAGAACAAAUUCAGGUCCAACAGCAAAAUAAGAGCUUUUUCUAAAAAACAAAAAACAAACGCACAACUCACCUGAAAUUCUAGUUGAUCUACCUGAAAGUUAAAACCACAGGAAGAUAAGUGCCAUUUUUUCCUGAGGAAACUGAAGCAAGGGUUUUAUUCCAAAAUGUAAAAAAAAGAAAGAAAAAGAUGCAUACAUGUAGCACAAAAUAAUAAUUUUAUAGAAAUUAUGUCGAUCCAGGUCCAUUAAAGCUGCACCAGCUCAGAUUUUAUUGUGAAAAUCUCAGUUUUUGGUUUCCUGGAUAGAGUUCUGAAGAGAAAAGGUUUUUCUGGUACAAAAUGAUUUUUAAUGUCUGUAAAGGCAUCUUUUUAUUAUUAUUAUUAUUAUUAUUAUUGUUAUUAUUAUAUUGAGACACAACUUUAAGCAAAUUUAAGUGCCAAUAAUUGAGUGUUAAUGUUAAUCAAAGUUGUUGAACUCAGAUUUUUUAUUAUCAAUAAAUCUUUUUGGCUCAGGUUUAAAAAAACAUAAACUCCUGUGACUUUCUCGGAGGUCACUUCCCAACUUUUAUUACUUUGAAAACAUUUACCAGAAGUCCGGACUUUUUCGGGUUUCAGGGCUCGUUACUUCACCGCUCCUAAAAAAAUAAUCAGAGGUGGUUAAUGUAUGAUGGAGUGGAUGAAUUGAGUCAGAGGCUGAUGUGACUCCAGUUAUCAUCGUGUUUUCUUGUGCAGCUUUAAUGAAUCUUUGGUAUUUUAAAUAUAAACGACCACAUUCAGAGUUUCUCUCUGCAGCAUUGUGGAUUCAAACUCUUCAGCUGUCAAAGUGCCUUCAUGAUGAAACAGGAAGUGCUGCUGCUGAAACGUAAACAGACCUGCUCACCCGUUACACCGAGCGGCCGCUAAAGGGAGGAACUCACAAAAAGACUGCACGGCUGUUAACCCCUUGACGCCCGGAUCUACAUCUCGUGCUGCGUUCAAACGUCAAGUCGUUAAACCCCUGAAACACGAAAAAAAAAUUGGCCAGAUUUUUAUUGACAAAAAAAGGCGAUGUGCAACAAACUGUGAAAAAAAUGUCAAAUAUAAGAAGGAAAUUAUCCGACAAUUAGAAAACUAUAUUUCUGAAUCUUAUAAUUAGAUAUUUAAAAUAAUGUUACAGAACUGACGUUCGUUUUCUUGUGCUGCCUCCAGAUUUCUCUCAUAAGAUAAAACCUGGAAAAAAAGUCAGUGACUAACUUAGUGAGAAAUGUUGUCGCAAGAAAUUAGUAAAAGGUGGCAAGAAAAUUACUUAAAAACUUGUUUUAAAAAAGAGGCGAGGAUUAUUU